AUGCAGCACGUGUGGCAACUUUUUUCCUAGCAAAAAAAAAUCGGAAACGAUGUGAGUCGAAACGACGUAAGGCAAGGUAUUACUAAACAUAUAUGUUUACAUGUAUCUCAGUUUUAUAACAAAAAUCGCAGUUGAUUCUAAAAAGACAAGAAACUAUUGAAAAAACCUUUUGAAAUACGCAUAAUUAUAGAAAGAAAAAUAAAAUGUGUAUGCGAUAUUUCACACAGAAACUUAAUGUUUUACGCUGUGUAUAUGUAACAUAUACAUAUGUAUACAUGUGUAUCUCAGUCUUAUAAAAAAAUCACAGUUGAAUCUAAACCGUUCUCGACAAAGUAAAAUAUGUUUACGUGUUCAUGGCAUUUCUUCUGGUAUUUUCACGAAGUAAUCGCAAGCUUGCUUGUCUAAACCAAGUUUUCAGAAUUUCUUCAAAUUCGGCUUCUGUAAUAGAGGGACUGUUCGAGAUUCAUUUUGAAUCUCGGUCAGUUCGUCACCGGCGUGAUGGCAGCAUCAGCCGGGUCAGAUCGUGCGGCGCCGCAUGAGCGCCGCAUGAGCGCCGCAGGAGCGCUGCUUGCGCAUGCUCGAUCUCGACACGAGAAGUCGGUGCGACUUCACGUGCGUUACCGGCGCUUUUGGCUCAUGGCUACGGUACAUAGUACACGCGUCGUGUAGUGCUAAAGACUUUCGAGUGCUCUUGUGGACCUUCUCAUCAGAGCGGACUUUACUCAGUGCGGACACGUAGUGAUCUCACACCAGUGCGAUUCAUACAGGACAGCUCAAGAUACAGCAUCAACGGCGGCUCAGUCUCACCAGUCUCACCACGCAUCAUGCACGCCGGCGCCGCGUGGACACGGCUCACGGGCAUCUACAAUCACGAGGCCGGCUCUCGAUCAGUAAUAUCGACCCGCGCAAGUGAAUUAAGACUUUUCAUCUCCCGUUAUACGCAUAGACUUCUCACUGUAAGCAUAUUGCAAUUAUUAAACUGUGAUACGGUAAUUUACGCGAACCAUCAGAGUUCUCAAUCACGUGAUUUCCAACCGCUCACGCGUGCAUUCGUUCCUUGAGCCUCUCACCGCUAACAAUAAGGCUGAAAUCACAUGGUGCAGAAUAGGAGUACGGAAUAGAGAGUGCGUUAUAGAAGCAACCAAUCAGAGCUUUGCCGUAUCAACGAGUGACGGAAAUGUUUGGCCGGCCUGUUCCCAUGGUGCGUCAACGAACAGGUUAGAGAAGCAACUUCGCGAGUUUUCCGGUGUACGUGCUGAGAUACGCUGUGGUGAAUUUUAAUGUUCGGACAAACGGAGAUGAAAACAAUGGACGCGAGUCCGCGGGACGUUAACGAAAGUGUGUUGAAGUUGGUGAACAGCAUUCACUAUGGGUGAGACAGUUUGCCAUCGAAUGUCCAAGAAGAAAUAAAACUGAGAAAACUCGAGCUAACGUCCGCUUUCUCUCUCUUUCAGAGAAAUCAAGGGCACCUACAACAUCGUGGUGGCCACUAUCUCCAUGUUCAAGGAGAUCAUCAGCAAUACAGAAUGGGGAACAGCAAAGUAUGACUCGUUACUCAAGCACAACUCAAGUAUCUUGCAUUAUCUUGCAUCAGCGUGAUGACACAAUACGUGGCCCCGAGCGCGUGUCAGGGGGAUGCUGGAGUGAUUCUGUACAUUCGGCACCUUUCGCUCCUAGAACUAUCGAUUCGUGAAAAUAUUUGUGUAAUUUACAAAUUGUGUGGCGUUUGUGUACAGCCAAAAGUGCAGAAUCACUCCAGCAUCCCAUUAAGCCAACAGCACACGAUACGAAAAAGGUCUCAUUCAUGCGGCUCAAAUGAAUCUCUUUCGAUGUCCACUGCUUCAGAUGUUAACACAAUUGAAGAACCGAUGGAAGACAGUAACGCCUUAAGCACAUCUGGAAUCAAUAGCAAUAUUUCUGAAAACAGUAGCUUCAUCGAGCAUACAAAACGUCCAAGGAAGAAAUCCGAAGACGUAGAAUUUCAGAAGCAUUUGGUUAACAUUCUAUCGGAGUGUAAUAAGCCUGCUGAUGGCAUCGAUGGAUUCUUAAUUUAUUUGGGUGACAUUUUGAAAAGAUUACCGUUCAAAGAAAGAAGAGCUCUUCAAAAAGCAAUUUUCGAUUUAGCUUACGAAGCGGAAGAAAGAGCAGGAUUUACUAAAUAAUAUUUAUAAUUUACUAAAUAACUCAUUUAUAUAUCAU